AUGUUCACGACUUGGCAUCCCUUGGCCAGUGCACUUACACCAGAUCCAGUCUCCCUGCGCUCAGAGGGUCAACAGCAGGCGCAUACCAUUAACUUCCAGUUCGACAGGCGCCAGCCUUGUGGUUCGUUAGGCCAGAUCCCACUCAACCACAAUUGGCCGGCACAGGUUGACUCGACCCCACCAUUCGCUCUGCCCCCCGGUCACCCCCCCCCGUGGGCCCCUCCUUGCCCGCCUCCAUCCAACAAGCACAACGCACCCGACGCUCGCAUCUCACCCGGGAAGCGGUUCAGAAAGCGGGAGAAGAAGAACAGGCUCGGCGGCUACGAAACGUCGUCGCGUGGGUUCCCCUCUCCUCCUGCCUUCUCGAUCGUCCAUCAAACGACCGAAACACAUCCAGAAGGUGGGGUUGGACCUGCCAGCGAAGCACCUUUUACUCGUUCCAUCGUCGCUGCACGUUGCUGCAUACCUACCUAA